AUGGAAAUUGAUUAUCGGACUCGUUUAACAGCAAUGUUGGAUGUGACACGCUUUCUAUUGAAGCAAGGAUUGCCCUUUCGUGGACACGAUGAGUCAACUAGUUCUUCAAAUAGAGAGAUUACACUUGCUAUAAUCAAUGAUAUUGGAGAUAAAUUCUUUUCUUUGAUGGUUGAUGAGGCUAGGGACAAUUCAGUGAAGGAGCAUAUGGGAGUUGUUUUGAGUUCUCAUUCUUUGAAAAUGGCUAUUGAUGCUUUAUUUGUGCAACAUGGUUUAUCAUUAUCUAGAUUGAGAGGCCAAGGAUAUGAUGGAGCUUCAAAUAUGCGUGUGAUAGAAGUGUUAGGAAAUGUAUAUGAUGACGCCUCUUAUUCUGCAAAUAAAGGUGUUGCCGGAGGGGAUCAAAAUAUUGUUCAAGCCAUGUCCUUGGUUAGAAGUGUGAAAUGUCGACUACAAGACUUCAGGGAAGAUGGAUGGCAGAUAAUUUUGGAACAAGUUAACACAUUUUGUGAAUUGAAUAUGAUUCCAAUACUUGAUAUGGAGGACAACAUGCUAACUCGUGGUCAUGGUAGGCGUAGAGGGCAGCUCAUCACCAAUUUUCAUCAUUAUCGUGUGGAGAUUUUUUGUCAGGUUGUUGAUUUAAUUAUACAAGAGAUGAAUAAUUAUUUUUCAGAAGUUAGUACAGAAUUGCUUGGUUGCAUAUCAUGUCUUCAUCCAAGAAAUUCUUUCUCUCAAUUUGAUGUUCACAAAUUCAUCCAUCUUGCUGAUUUUUAUCCCGAGGACUUCUGUGGUACUGAUUAUUUAUUUUUGGAACAACAACUUAUGAGUUACUUUUAUAAUCUGCGGGAUGAUCCUUACUUUUCUUCAAUUGAUGACUUGGGAAUUCUUGCUCAGAAAUUGGUUGAGACUGAAAAACAUUUGGGGUUCUCAUUGGUUUAUCGUAUGAUAGAGUUGGCAUUAGUUUUACCAGUUGCAACUGCUUCAGUUGAACGAGUGUUUUCUGCAAUGAAGAUUGUGAAGACUGAUUUACGUAAUAUAAUGGGAGAUGAAUGGAUGAAUGACAGUCUAGUUAAUCCAAUUGCCUCCUCUUGUACCGACUCGUCAGUCGUCGCAGACUUCUGUGCCAACCCAGAAAUGAAGCUCACCUAUGGAAGAAAGGUUAUGGAGAAUCGGUCUAGUAUUAAGUGGGACAAGGGAAAGGCUCUCGAGUUCUAG